UUUAAACCACGGGCAUUAGGACCUUGGGGAUACCCUCAGGUCCUUCGCUCAUUCAUUCACUGACUUCACACAAAAAAAGCACCAGACGAGGACAGAACAGCAGUAGACCAAAGAUUUACUUUAACAAUUCCUUAUUUAUUUAUUUAUUUGUUUGUUUGUUUAAAAAAGAAAAAGCAUGGUUAGACGUGAAAGGCGAAGGACUGAGCAACAAACUGACGAUGUUUUCUCGGAGUCGGACACUUCAAUGGAUCAGCAAGAUUUGACCGAAGUGUCUUGCUGUCCUUUUAAUAGCAUCGUACGCAGCGAUGACUCUGCUUUGGACCAGAUAGACACUUUCUUAAGAAAUGUGCAAGUUCUGCUGAAGGCAGCCAAUUACAUAGAAAGGAAUGAGAAGCCAAGUGGAAAAUGCGAACACGGAUAUGCAUCGACAUGUCAAUCUGGCCAGAACUCAAACUAUCAAAGACAACGAAAAUUCAGGAAUAAAAAAACUAGCAGCAAUGACAACAGGUCUACACACAACGAAUUAGAAAAGAACAGACGAGCACACCUCCGACUGUGUUUGGAGCGACUUAAGGCACUUAUACCACUGGGACCAGACUGCAACAGGCACACAACACUGGGGUUACUCAACAAAGCCAAAGCACAUAUUAAGAAACUUGAAGAGACUGAGCGUAGGAGUGAGUACCAGCUGGAGACCCUGCAGCGGAAGCAGCGGCACUUACAGAGACAGCUGGAGCAGCUCCGGGGGAUCCAGGACGGGGAACGGAUACACGUGGACAGCCUGGGCUCUACCCUGUGCUCUGACCACUCCGAUUCAGAUCGAGAAGAGAUUGAGGUGGACAUGGAAAGCACAGAGUUCUCCCAUGGAGAAAUGGACAGUGUGAGCACAACCAGUACCAGCGACCUCGAUGACCACAGCAGCCUGCAGAGCAUGGCCAGUGAUGAGGGCUACUCCAGUUGCAGCAUUAAGCUUGCCUUCUCCACCUAGAUGCCUGGAGCA